GCAGAGGGAGGCAGCCAGCCCUCGGAGGGAGAAUUAUCGGGAGGGGGUCAGGGAGACCAUGAACGUUUUCCUCUUUGGUUCCUAAAUCAGAGAAACGUAAGGAAAGGGCUGAGCAGGGUCCUCAGGCCCCUCCAAAGGGGGACAAGCACCUGCUCAGGAGGCCUCUGCUCUCCAAGCCCUGCCCACUCAAAGGGCGGGUCCUCUACCCAGGUUUAGGGCGAAGGGAUGGAGCCCCCCACCUGGCUCCCAGCUCCGUGGAGUGUUCCCAAAGCCUGGGGAAGACCAAACAUAGCCUGCUGUCACUUGGCUCGUCGCUAAGCCCCGCGGCCUCAUAGCUGUCCUCCCUCUCCUCCCUGUCUGUGGCCAGGAGGGUCCAGCCUCAGGGGAUCCUUCUCUCCUGGACAUUGAAGCUAUGACCCUUCAGAGGUGACCUGGGAGAGAAGAGAUGCAGACCUUUGCUCCUCCAGAUGAGAGUCCCUUUCGAGGACUUGUGGCCUCCCGCAUUGAGACCUAUGGGGGCCGGCAUCAGGCCUCCAACCAGAGUUUUCCUGGCGGUCCCUAUUUCCGAGGAGGUCCUGGGCUGGAUCCCAGUGGUCGACGCCUCCAGGGCUACGUCCCCUUUGCCAAGGGUUCUGGCCACGUCCGAAGCGUGUCUCCCCUGAAGUUGCGAGAACCAGAGCCCGAGAAGAAGCAUGGAGGCCAUUUUGGGGCUGGCCCACCACACUCCCCCAAAGUCAAGGAAGUCACCAAUGCCCACCAGCUGGAGAUGAGGCUGCAUACAUUCAGCAUGUUUGGGAUGCCCCGCCUGCCCCCUGAGGACCGGCGAUACUGGGAGAUAGGAGAGGGCAGCGACAAUGGCCUGGUCAUUGAGAAGUCCUGGAAGGAGCUGGUUCCUGGGCACAAGGAGAUGAGCCGGGAGCUUUGCCACCAACAGGAAGCCAUUUGGGAACUGCUGACCACCGAGCUGACCUACGUGCGGAAGCUCAAGAUCAUGACCGAUCUCCUUGUCUCCGGCCUGCUGAACUUGCAGCGAGUGGAACUGCUAACCGAGGUGUCAGCUGAGACCUUGUUUGGAAAUAUCCCCAGCCUGAUUCGAGUCCACAAGAGCUUUUGGGAGGAGGUGCUGGGGCCCACCCUGGAGGAAACUCGAACCUCAGGCCGGCCUCUGGACCCUGUCAGCCUGCAAAAUGGCUUCUUGACGUUCAGCCAGCGGUUCCAGCCCUAUGUCCAAUACUGCCUACAAGUGAAGCGGACCAUGGCAUACGCCCGGAAGCAGCAAGACAAUAAUCCUCUCUUCCAUGCCUUUGUGCAGUGGUGUGAGAAGCACAAGCGCUCCGGAAGGCAGAUGCUGGGUGACCUGCUCAUCAAGCCCCACCAGCGCAUCACCAAGUACCCCCUGCUGCUCCAGGCUGUGCUUAAGAGGAGUCCUGAGGCACAUGCCCGAGAGGCCCUGAACACCAUGAUUGCUGCUGUGGAGUCAUUCCUGCGACACAUCAAUCAACAGGUUCGCCAGGGCGAAGAGCAGGAGAGCCUGGUGGCCGCAGCCCAGCGCAUCGGACCCUAUGAAGUGCUGGAGCCGUCCAGUGAGGAGGUGGAGAAGAACCUGCGUCCAUUCUGCACCCUGGACCUGAUGUCCCCCAUGCUAGGAGUUGCUUCUGAGCACAUCAGGCAGCUGCUGCUGGAGGGACCCGUGCGAGUGAAGGAGGGGCGAGAAGGGAAGCUGGACGUGUACCUCUUCCUCUUCUCUGAUGUGCUCCUGGUGACCAAACCCCAGCGCAAGGCAGACAGAGCCAAGGUUAUUCGCCCCCCACUCAUGCUGGAGAAGCUUGUGUGCCAACCACUACGAGACCCUAACAGCUUCCUGGUGAUCCAUCUCACUGACUUCCAGUGUGUCUCCAGUGCCUUCAUUGUGCACUGCCCCAGUGCUACAGACUGUGCCCAAUGGCUAAAGAAGACCCAGCAGGCCCAGGCCACGCUGCAAAAGCUGAAGGCAGAGGAGUAUGUCCAACAGAAGAGGGAGCUCCUGGCUCUCUAUCGGGACCAGGACCAGGACCAGGACCAGGAGUCCUCAGGCACCAGGCCCUCCUCGCCUUCCCCGCCUUCCCCGGAGGGCUCUCAGAGCAGCGCAGAGGGGAGGACUCCUGAGUUUUCAACCAUCAUCCCCCAACUGGUGGUGACAGAAGACACAGAUGAAGACUCUCCCUCGGUCCCAGAUGAUACCUCAGACUCUGGCUACGGCACCCUGAUCUCAGGCUCCCCCAAGGGGCCCCACUAUGUGAGCCGUCUACGCCCACAGGCCCUUCGGCGUGACCCUCGCCUCACCUUCUCCACCCUGGACCUCCGAGAUGUUCCUUUGCGCCCUCGGCCUGCCAACCCCCAAGCUCCCCAACGCCGAAGCGCCCCUGAACUGCCAAGGCAAGUUAUCCGAAGAGGAAGCAGCCUUCCCAGGGGAGAUACACCAACCUGGUCUGAAGAAGAAGAUGGGACCUCAGUGGGCGGGAAUGUGGUAGUGGAAACCUUGCAUAGGGCGCAACUCUGGGGACAGCACCCUCCAUCCCCAACCCACACUGACUCUGCUGGGGAAAGCCCCUGGGAGUCCUCAGGGGAUGAGGAAGAAGUGUCCCACUUUGUGGGACCUGACUGCACCCCCUCCCCCCGCCCUCUCCGGGCUGAGGAUAUGCUCAGAGAGAUCCGGGAAGAACUGGCCAGCCAAAGGAUUGAGGGCCUCCAGGAGCCUGGGAACAGCAGGCCUCGGAAGCUGACCCGAGGCCAACUGCAGAGGAUGCGUGGGCCCUACAUCAUACAACUGGACACCCCCCUGUCCACAUCAGAGGUGUGAGGAACGCUCAGGACCUUUGGCAUUUCUCCCCAGAGGAAAUCUCUGCCCCCAAGAGUGCUGGUCACCACCCCACCCCUGGACUCUACCUCAAGGACCACACUCCCCAGUAAGAAGCCUGGCUCAGGCUCUCCGCCUCUUCUGCUCUGAGAGCUUUGGGGUCAAGUGCUGUACAUUUUUGUACCACAGACCGGCCAGAGCUCCCCAUAAAGUUGUGCAUAAAAAUGA